AUGCCGCCAUUACUCAAUGGUCCACUGUACGUCUCCUUCGACGUUUGUGUGGCCAUCUCCUUACCACCAUUGCCAUACUCAGGAGACUGUGCUCUCCCAUCUCUGCAUCGGCCAUACCCGCCUUGCCCAUGGGUAUCUCGUGGGACGACACCCUAUUCCUCUCUGAGGUUUGUUGGGUCCCUGUUUCAGUGGAUUGCCCAGUUUAAAAGCUUCAAUGUUGAAACUGUGGAGUACAAGAAUAUUAGCUUCACAGUGUGGGAUGUGGGUGGUCAAGACAAAAUUCGUCCGUUGUGGCGACACUACUUUCAGAACACCCAGGGUCUCAUAUUUGUUGUCGACAGCAAUGACAAAGAGCGAAUCAAUGAGGCUUCAGAUGAAUUGGCGAAGAUGCUGCACGAGGAUGAACUCCGUGAAGCGGUUCUAUUAGUAUUUGCUAACAAGCAGGAUUUACCGAAUGCCAUGACAGCAGCUGAACUCACCGACCGUUUAGGACUUAAUCAAUUACGCAACCGUAGGUGGUACAUUCAGGCUACAUGUGCAGUUCAAGGACAGGGAUUGUACGAGGGUCUCGACUGGCUAUCCAAUGAACUGUCAAAAAAAUAAUGUGCUAAUGACUGUUCAAGCCCGUUUUUCCUGCUGUAAGGUUUGGGUCUUGGUGUAAACUUGGGAAUGGAUGUGCCCUAAUUUUUUAUUCAUUGCUAAAUACAAAUUUCUAAACCUUAUUUUCUUUUAAUGCAAUAACAAAUAGAGCUCUCACUUUAUUUAAUUUUAUAACCAGUUUGGCCAAUAGAGUGUAUAUUUGCAAUGUCUACAUAUGGCUCACAGUGAGUUCAUGGCUUAGAAAUAAAAUGAAGUACUGAUUGUGUACUUUUGAAUAUUGCUAUAUUAACUUUUUGUCAAGCUGACACAAGACCCUACUUUUGUUCUGCAUAUUUGUGUAUUUUUCACUGCACUGAAUAUAUUGAAUGAAUGUAUGUAUGUAUGUAUGUAUGAAUGUACCAGAGUUUGACAUGGUUCACAGUGCCCAGCAGCUGCUGUCCUAUUCCUUCCCAUAUUUGAUGAGUGUGUUAAAUGAAGUGCUGAGAUAAAUGCCAGUCUGUCAACUCCAUACAUCUACAUAUAAAUCGACAUUUUAAUAUUGUUACUGUAAGGUAUGGGAGUGCCACCCUCCCGUGUAUGUAUAUUUUGGUACAUAGAUUUUGGGUUACUUGUACAAGUGACAAUAAAGUUGCAUUGGAUUAGGGUUACAGUUGAGGGGAUUUUGCAACCCAUAUGGAAGAUUCAUAAUGUAAAUACUAUGGUGGCAUUAAGAAGGUUAUACUUUUGUUGGUGUUUGUGCUCUCACCUCUGCAAAUUACUGUUGUUUAAUACCAUUGCUCUUUAUACAUAAUAGGUUAGGCAGUGGUACAACUUGUCAUAAUCUUAAGCUUAUGAUUUAGAGGCAGAUUACAGAUUUUCAUUUGUUAGACAUGAAAAAUAUUUUUGAACCCAGUUCAGCUACAUUCCUUGUUGCUAUAUUUGUCUUUGUUUGUCAUCUUUGCUUUACUAAGAGGACAAGACAUGUCAUAGUUUGUAACUUCUUAAUAAACAUGUUUGACAACA